CGAUCGAUCACUUUGCACGGCACCUGCGUCAAGAGAUCUCCGGUACAGGAAUUCGAAAAGUGCUAUCAGCAUCCUUGGCAAUGACAGUUGCCAUUGGCCUCUUCCCUGGCCCGUCAUCUAUCUUUCUCCCUCCCUCUUCAUGACUUCCCUACCUGAACGUAUCGCUCGUCUUGUGCAGUCGAAAUUUGAGACUCUACCUUUAAAAUGCAAACCCAGAACACUGGCCGAAGGGAGGAGAGAAUGGACUCCGUUGUCAGCGGUCGUCCUUGCAAAGGACGGAGACGAAGAUGACCUGACCUGCAUAUCCCUCGCCACGGGGACAAAAUGCCUUUCCGCUUCUGCAUUGCCCAAAUGCCAUGGCAUGGUUCUCCAUGAUUCCCAUGCAGAAAUUCUUGCUUUGCGAGGUUUCAACUACUGGUUGCUGACCGAAGUUCAAAAUAUUCUCCAUCGCCCGGCCUAUCAAUCACCUUUCCUGGAACUUGCUGGCGGCCCAGAAUCUGAUCACAAUCCGGACACCCCCCUGUCGACUUUUUGCCCACCCUUAAGAUUGAAGCAAGACGUGUCCAUUCACUUCUUCACCACCGAAGCUCCUUGCGGCGAUGCAUCCAUGGAAAUCUUGAUGAGUUCCAUGCCUUUGGAGGAGACGGAACCCUGGCCUGUUGAUGAUAAUGCCCUCACGGCUCUACAAGGCAGAGGUCAUUUCUCGCUCUUAGGAUAUGUCCGCCGGAAACCUGCUCGAGCAGAUGCUGAGCCAAGCCACUCCAAGUCCUGCACUGACAAAUUGGCUGUCAAGCAGUUUACCAGCGCCCUUUCGUAUCCAGCCGACCUCUUCAUCCAACAAACUACAAACGCCUAUAUCCAAAAUCUAAUAGUAUACGCCCAUCAACACGAUGCCACCAGCUAUCAGCGAGCAUUCGGCCCAUCUGGGAGGCUGUCCAACGUUGUCGAUUUAGGACGGUUCUUCAAUGUCCUGCCCUUGCCGAGAUCAUUUCCAAGGUUCUCAUACGAGAGCACUCCUGACCCGCUCAGCGACAACAUGAAACCAAAGGCGAGCAACAUCUCAGCCUUGUGGAUAAAAGGUUCUCCAUCAGAUGCAGCCGACGUGGUCGAAGUUCUGAUAAAUGGAGUCAAGCAAGGUUUCAAACAAUGGGAUUCGAGAUCCGCAAAAGCGAGUUCCAUCUCUCGUUACAAGCUCUUGCAACUUGCGCUUCGCAUCACUAUUACACAUUCUGCAGAACGUCCCGAAGCCAACCAUGCCGUCAACUCCCCACGACUAAUGGACGAUUCAUGGUUGCUUGCCCUACACCACGCGCUUUCAGCAAAUACAUACGGCACAGCGAAAGCCACUCAUUUGAGGCGGAGCCGGAGGGUGAACAAAGAUAACAUCACCGCCGCCCUUGGAAACUGGACCAAGAACGAAGGCGACCAUGAUUGGAAGUGCGGUUAACCUCAGAUCUAUCACGAAUCGGGAUAUCGUUCAACUUGUCUUGCAGGAUUGGUGCUACUAAAGUGCCGUCAGACCGCGGCCUCCAAUCGACACUAUGUACCUAAGGUCCCUCUUGUGGCCGACCUACUAGUACCUAGUCCACUCGAAUCUCUCCGUGGCUGAGCACUGCUUGGACGUUGUUGUGUGCAUCAGACAAAUGGCGCAUGGAAGCGCAUGCAGCAUUUCCCACCCGACCCACGAGUGGCAUAGAGGCUGCUUUGUGGGCAACUGGCAACUCCAACUCUUGGCCACGGGCCGGAGAAGUUCUUGGGCCACGAUUUACACAUAUAUCAAGGGAAUUUGGCCAAUGUGGUCCUUCGCUACCUACUCGAACACGUCCAAGUGAGAUUCAACGUGGCCUCCAAGGUCGAUGUCGGCCAGGGCCGAACGAUCAUGCCCGGCGCCUCGGUGGACCCGUACGAAGUUGUCAUGGUAGAGCUGAAUUGGACUCGCGAAGAGCGCAAGCGCUACCUCGCUUUGGCACCGCGAACACCCCGUUCUCCGCCGCCAUGGAGGUGGGCCCGCGGCCAAUAUGGCCAAGAGUUCAGGCCUCCUUGACUCGAGGACCUAUGGGUACCUGUCGCCGUCGAUAUUCGACCAGCGAUUGAGUAAAUAGGUAGACAAAGAGAUCGCGAGGAACAAUCGCGAGAAAGAGGCUGGUAAGCAAAAGUGGCAAAAAGAAUAUUCCUCGAUCAAUUCUGCCAGAUUCAACGCCUUUGAUGAGUACUUUGAGAAUACUCAAGACGAUCCGACAGAACACGUGUACCCGUCGCGGGCUAAGCAGACGAAGUACCAAGCCGGUCAGUCACCAAAGCUUAGGUACUCUGGUGAAGUCUUGGAUAAGGUCCUCUUUCCGGAGGUUGAAAAUGGCGUCCCCAAGAAACUGAUCUGCUAUGUCGCCUGGCCCUUCGAGCAGGCCAGGCCGAAAUGUUUCUCCAGAAUUUGGGCCUCAAUGUCAUCAUCCCUGGCCCGAGACAACACCCAUCGACAGAGAAAGACUGAUGCGUGACUUUAAUGACCCGGAUCACCCGAGUCAGGUUUUAGUCUGCAAUAUCAAAGCCAACGCUUUUGGUGUAAACCUGCAAGGAGCAAGCCGCGUACUGAUCUUCUCAUGCCCCGAGAAUCGCACAACCAAAAGUUGGGAGUAAGUGUUAGCCUUCUUGACGUCCACAAGUCUAGCGACGUCGCUCAUCGUAAGGUGCGGUGGGAAGUCUUCACCAGAGGCAUAAACAAGAAUGUCGCUAGCAAGACGCUACCAUCUACCUUGAGCAGACCUGCCGAGCCUACCGCAAAUCGAGACACACCACUAUCUGGGCACUACAAAAGCUCAUCCCAAACACGGUACCAGUGACCCAUCGAUUCGAGUCAAGAGCACAAUGGAAUCCGGGGCAAUCUAAUCGAUGUGCACAAUGUAAAUCUCAUUGUAUCUACCUGAUUCGUUGGAAUCUACGGCAGUUGCUUCAAGCACUUGUUUGCUGUUGUCGUUUGUGACGAGGGCAAACAACCUUCCCUUUAGUUGAAUCCAUUGCGGAAAACCCUCGACAAGGGAGCAACGCGUUGAAGAAAUUACCACCAACACAAGGCAAGGCACGACUACAGCUUGCCUCUCGCCACUGCACCAUCCAGCACCGCUUCCCACUUGGAAGUACAAUACGGCGCGACUACGAACCAGGAUUUCGGGCUCAAUCUCGAUGAAGAAGAUGGCACUAGUAUGGACCAGCGCUUGAUUUACGGUAGUUGCUUUAGGCACCUAUUUGCCGUUGUCGUGUGUGAUGAAAGGAAUAAAGUCAAGAAUCCGAACUCACAGCUUCACCUGGCAGUAGCGAAGCUCUUCGAUCCUAUCGCCUGGAUACAACCAACCGGCCACAACCGCCCCCAAUAAGUCCUCCGACUUUACCGGCUAUCUCGCCUUGUGGUGGCGAGGGGAAUUCAAGGAAGACUUGGACGACCUUGCCCUCGCCAACAAGGGUGAAGACGUUUACACAGAAGAAACCUGGUAGCGUGUGACGUGUCCAACGCAAACGUACCGACUACUUCCGCAAGCAUAGCGCUCCUCUGUACUGUCUUUGGUCAACAUGGGCCUUCACAAGUAUGUCAAUCGCCGGCGGGCGACAACUAGAGCUAUCCUCGGCAAUCAUCAUGUUGAAGACGUGACUGACGCACCGAAUCCCCUCCCUGUCGAGAAGGAAGCGUCAGCAUAUACGGAAGACCGCCUCAAGCAGGCUCUGAACUUCGCAGACUUAACGCUGCGAAACAAAAACUAGAAAGGUGUCGCCGAUUACCUCGCAUAUGCUGGCAAUGUAUAAGUGCGCCGUCAAGGACGUCUUGCUUAAGGCGUACGAUAGUGAAGAGAAGAAGAAGACUAUCGUACUCGAUAUCAUGACCUGGGAGAGGACUAUCUCGACCACUUUUGCGCUUUUUUUAAUGCCCGAAGGUACUCUCAUCAUACCACAUGGUCAGAUUCACUGAGUGAUGUCUUUCGAGGACACACCGAUUACGGGAACCAAGUUGUGGCACUCGAAGAGCUUGGUCGGCUGCUGCAAGGCAAUCUUAGAAGAAGAUCGAUUCUCUAAUGUCACGAACGACAAUCGCACGUACGAGUGCACAAAGAAGCUAACAUCCUGUCGAAAGGGGGCCGCAGCCUUGCAGGCUUUCGAAUAUCGGUCGACCCAAAUGCUGCCAAACCCAAGACUACGCCCCUUGACUACGAAGUCGGAGACCUCGAAACGCGCCUCCAGUACGUUCAAACCCUCUGGACCAAGCGCGGCAUCACUCCUAGACAAGCUGCAUGGGCAGGAACAUACGAGAAGGUCCAACUACACUAACCCGUGCUUUGCCCAAGUCUCUACCGAACCACGUACCUCUCCUGUCUGGGGUGUAUCUGCCCUGGUACUCGAACAGCUCGACUUUCAUCCUCUCGUCUACAGUGGAUCAGCUAAUGCGAAACGUCGAGGACUCAGAGCACAGCUCGGGGAGCACGCGCAUGACAGAGCCAUUGCAUGGUCGGUCAGAAAGGCGCGGCGUGCUGGAUCACAAAGAAAGCG